AUGAUCGUGCCGUCAGCUGCACGUCCGCAAGGAGGCAGCAUAUUCGUGUCAAGUUUCACGCUCACUGUCAUCGCAUUGGAUCGAUGUCUGUUGAUUCUGAAGCCGAACAAGGAGAUGAUCGGCUACAAUCGAGCAGUGGCGAUCGUUGUGGCCAUUUGGGUCUGUGGGUAUGCGCUUGCCUUACCUGUCGGCAUAUUCUCAAGAGCUGUCAGUUACGACGAACUUUGCGGCCAGAUGCGAUGGAAUCAGGCCGGUCGGCUCUACGGUCUUUCAGUACUGCUGUCACAGUUUGGUGUUCCGGCUUUGAUAUCAUCCGUGUGCUACUGGCUUAUCAGUCAAGUGAUGUCGUCACAAUUGGAACGACGUCGAGGUCACACACUCCUCAAAGAGUCUGAGGAGAAGCUCGUGAAUAGAAAAGCUCGCGCUAAUAGGAUGAUGAUUGCUAUGGUGCUCGGAUUCAUUUUCGCUUGGAUGCCAUUGAACGCCAUAAAUAUGUAUCGCGAUUGGGGCUCAUUCACCAAUAAACCAUGGUUUUCAACGGUAUUUGCAUUGUGUCAUGUAUCAGCGAUGACGUCAGCGGCCUUGAAUCCAGUGAUUUAUUCGUGGUUCAAUCCACAAUUCCGUAGAGCCGUCCAGUCGUUAUGCAGUGGUCAUGGGAAAGCAACAAAAAACAAAUAUCACACCGACACUCCUACAAAACCUGUUGAGACUACCACCGAAGUGAAAAUAAAGACGGAGUUACUUCUAAACGACUGCCAUCAACCGGGCGAUCAGAUUCUGUGA